AUGCUUAAUGGUGUAUGUAAAGAUGGGUUGGUGCAAGAGGCAAUGAAGCUUUUUGGUUUAAUGCGUGAAAAGAGUACUAUUUCAAAAGUGGUUGUCUACACUACUGUAGUGGAAGGCUUUUUCAAGGCAUGGAAGCUUGAAGAUGCGGUGAGAAUUUUUAAGAAAAUGCAGAGUAAUGGGAUCAUUCCAAAUGCAUUUAGUUAUGAGGUUUUGACUCAGGGGCUAUGUAAAGGGAAGAUUGAAGAGGAUAGCACUGCUGCUCAUCCUACAACGCGCGCGCGCACACACUGUUUACACACAAUCUCACCGAACUCAAUUCUUCCUUCCAUAUCCAAUACUGAAAGCUUGGACGUGCAUUUACUGAUGGUUAAUGUCUGA